AUGGCAACGAAACGGAAGGCAUCGGCUUUGAAUGCCGCCCUGGAUGACGAACCGGUCGAUCCAACCGAUGAAUUGGCCUUCUAUUGUUUAGGAGGUGGAAACGAGGUUGGACGCUCAUGCCAUAUUAUCCAAUACAAAGGGAAAACGGUCAUGCUUGACGCCGGUAUGCAUCCUGCGAAAGAAGGGUUCUCAGCUCUGCCCUUCUUUGACGAGUUCGAUCUGAGCACGGUAGAUAUCCUCUUGAUAAGCCAGUAUGUGGGACCGUCUCUCCUUUGUGUUCUCCGAGUCACCCCUCCGUCCCUCCUGAGCAAGCCACUUUCGUUCUCGGCCGCGCCCUUAUACCACACCUUGUUUCACUUUACCUCCAUGGAAGCAAUGCUUUUCCACGUUGAUCAUUCUUCUGCGCUCCCUUAUGUGCUCAGCAAGACCAAUUUCAAGGGUCGCGUGUUUAUGACGCACGCCACCAAGGCCAUCUACAAAUGGCUGAUCCAGGAUAAUGUACGCGUGAGCAAUACGGCCUCGUCAUCCGAUCAACGCACCACGCUUUAUACCGAACAUGAUCAUUUGUCUACGCUGCCGUUGAUUGAGACCAUCGACUUCAACACCACACAUACGAUCAACAGCAUUCGGAUUACUCCCUUCCCGGCUGGUCACGUCCUCGGUGCCGCGAUGUUCCUGAUUUCGAUAGCCGGCUUGAACAUCCUCUUUACCGGUGACUACUCGCGUGAGGAAGACCGGCAUCUGAUCCCGGCCGAAGUUCCCAAGGGCAUUAAAAUCGAUGUGCUUAUCACCGAGUCGACGUUCGGUAUAUCAUCGAAUCCGCCCCGCCUGGAACGUGAAGCGGCCCUGAUGAAAGCGAUUACCGGCGUCCUGAAUCGCGGAGGCAGAGUCUUGAUGCCGGUGUUUGCCCUAGGUCGCGCCCAGGAGUUGUUGCUCAUCCUUGAUGAAUAUUGGGAGACCCAUCCCGAACUUCAGAAGAUCCCCAUUUACUAUAUCGGAAAUACGGCUCGCAGAUGUAUGGUCGUGUAUCAAACAUAUAUAGGUGCAAUGAACGAUAACAUAAAGCGACUCUUCCGUCAACGUAUGGCGGAGGCGGAAGCUAGUGGUGACAAAAGUGUCAGUGCAGGACCCUGGGACUUCAGAUUUGUCAGAAGUCUGCGCAGUCUGGAACGGUUCGACGAUGUAGGAGGAUGUGUGAUGUUAGCAUCGCCGGGUAUGCUGCAGACAGGGACAAGUAGGGAGCUCCUGGAGCGGUGGGCUCCCAAUGAACGCAAUGGCGUUGUCAUGACCGGCUACAGUGUCGAGGGCACGAUGGCCAAGCAGAUCCUGAAUGAGCCGGAGCAGAUUCCUGCAGUGAUGUCAAGAGCAACGGCGGGAUUGGUGAGACGCGGCAUGACUGGGAAUGAAGAGGAGCAGAAGGUCAUGAUUCCCAGGAGGUGUACUGUGGACGAGGUCAGUUUUGCAGCCCAUGUAGAUGGCGUUGAGAACAGAAAUUUCAUCGAGGAAGUCUCCGCUCCGGUCGUGAUCCUUGUCCACGGCGAAAAACACCAGAUGAUGCGACUCAAAUCGAAACUGCUCAGUCUAAACGCUGAGAAGACCGUCAAGGUCAAGGUUUACACCCCCGCAAACUGCGAAGAAGUUCGCAUUCCCUUUAAGAAGGACAAGAUCGCGAAAGUUGUCGGCAGACUGGCUCAAAUUGCACCUCCGUCGGAGCAAGACGAUGGCCACCUCAUGGCUGGUGUCCUGGUACAGAAUGGGUUCAACCUGUCGUUAAUGGCGCCGGAUGAUCUCCGCGAGUAUGCGGGUUUGACAACCACUGCCAUUACAUGCAAGCAGCAUAUCACGUUGAGCUCUGCAAGCAUGGAUCUGAUCAAAUGGGCCCUCGAGGGCACCUUUGGUGCUAUCGAGGAGGUUGGCAACGCCCAACAGGAACUUAUCAAGAAAGAACCCGAGGGCAGCUCUAAGAAGCUUAACGGGGAGGGGCUGAAAGAGGAGGCUGCUGAUGAAGAGAUCCCCAUCGCAGAUACGCAAACCUACCUUGUCAUGGGCUGCGUUUUCAUCCGAUACUAUCCUCGCACUCGUGAGGUUGAGCUUGAAUGGGAAGGAAAUAUGAUGAAUGAUGGAGUAGCUGACGCAGUCAUGGCGGUCCUUCUGACCGUUGAGAGUAGCCCUGCGUCAGUGAAGCAGUCUGCCAAGCACCACCACCACCACCAUCAUGACAACUCCAUACAACCCCCUAACCCUCACUCACACCUAGGACCGGAAGAGCGUUUUAGACGUCUUCUCAUGAUGCUCCAAGCACAGUUCGGGUCCGAAAUCGUUGCCAUUGAGCGUCCACGACUGCCCUCAGACAUCGCAAACGGCAAUGACACGAAAGUUGAGUCUGAUGAAAAUACCCCUAUCAAGGAAGAGGAUGAGGAAGACUUGACGGAACUGGAAGCGGUUGAGAUUUCUCGUCUCCAAGCACUUGGCAUUCCAUUCCCUGGACUCGAGAUCAAGGUCGACAAACACGUUGCCCGUGUCUGGCUGGAAAAUCUAGACGUGGAAUGUGCUAAUCCAGUGCUGAGGGAUCGGAUCCGAGUCGUCAUUGAGAGAGCCGUGGAAACUGUGGCAAGCAUGUGGACGGAGGGACCCCCGCCUGCGACCGUCACGAACGGAGAGAGCAAAGUGCAAGCCAAGGAUGCUACUGCUGCGAUUGAGGCCAAAGCUUGA